CCAGAAGGACCUUGCUACAGCUUGUGCAAUGGAGGUAACCAAAGUUAUUAAGAAUGACAUUGGAGAUAAGAAUUUCUCAAUACUUAUUGAUGAAGCUAGAGAUUGCUCAAUAAAGGAGCAAAUGGCGGUGAUUGUCAGAUUUCUAGAUGAUCAUGGAGUGCUUCAAGAGCGAUUCCUUGCAAUUAAGCACAUCACAGAUUGUACAUCUGCUGGAAUUAAAAAAGCUUUGGUUGAUGUGUUGGAAUAUCAUGGUUUGUCAACUUCUAGGCUACGUGGUCAGGGUUAUGAUGGUGCUUCCAAUAUGAGAGGGGAAUUCAACGGUUUGCAAAAACUGGUUAGAGAUGAAGCUCCGUAUGCAUUUUAUGUUCAUUGCUUUGCUCACCAGUUACAGUUGGUGGUUGUCAAUGUGGCUCAAUGUAGUCCUGCUAUUGCUGAUUUCUUCAACUAUAUUCCAUUGAUAGUUACUCAAGUGUGUUCAUCUUGCAAAAGGAAGGAUGCAUUACUUGCCAAACAUCAAGAUGAGUUGUUAGAUUUGAUGGAGAAUGGAAAGAUCACAGCCGGAACCGGGCUGCAUCAAGAAUCUAACAUAACAAGGCCAGGAGAUACUCGUUGGGGCUCACAUCUCAAAACUUUGCUUCGUAUAUUCACAAUGUGGAAUGCUGUGGUGGAGGUGCUAGGAAUUGUUGUGGUUGAUGCCCGAGAACACACAUGUCAAGGUGGAGCUAGAGGUUUGCUUAAAAACAUGGAAUGCUUUGAAUUUGUGUUCAUCAUGUUGUUCUUAAUAAACUUGUUAAGCAACACAAAUCAUCUAUCCCAAGCUUUGCAAAGAAAGAAUCAAAACAUUGUUGAAGCCAUGCGUUUGAUCUUGGAUGUGAAAGAAAGCUUGCAGAGCAUGAGGGACAAUGGGUGGGAGUCUUUAUUCUGCCAAGCCAAAAACUUUUGUGAAACACAUGGUAUUGAUGUGCCAACCAUGGAUGAUCUUGUUGGAGCUAUGGGUCAAUCUGUUCGCACUAAGAAUAAGGUGACUCGACUUCAUUAUUACAAGGUUAGCAUAUUCAAUGUUGCCAUUGAUGCAACUAUCACUGAGAUGAAUCACCGAUUCAAUGAAGUUUCCACCGAGUUAUUGGAUUGUAUGUCUUGUCUUAAUCCAGCAAACAACUUCUCAAAGUUUAACGUUGACAAACUUAUUCGGCUUGCUGAAAUUUAUGAUGAGGACUUCACAGAAGCUGAUCGGUUAAUGCUAGGAGUAGACCUCCCAAGAUUUCUUAUGAACAUUAGGAGAAGUGAGGAGUUUAAUGGAUGUCGGGAUGUGUCCACACUUGCUCGGUUGAUGGUUGAAACAAUGAAACACACAUCUUUCCAGUUGGUAUAUCGCCUCAUUGAGUUGACACUUAUUCUUCCUGUGGCCACUUCAUCCGUUGAGAGAAUAUUUUCAGCAAUGAAGAUAAUCAAGACAGAUUUGCGCAACAAACUAUUAGAUGAUUGGCUAAAUGAUUUGAUGGUGUGCUACUGCGAGAAAGAGAUAUUUAGAAGCAUUCCUGAUGACCAAAUCAUGAUACAAUUCCAGAAAAUGAGGGAUCGGAAAGGACAUUUGCCACAUGAGUUUCAUGUGAUUUCUUAG